CGCGCUCCGGGGGCACCCGGGCCGGGAGACCGGAGCGCAUGCGUUGCCGCUGACCGCCGGGGAGCCGCGUGUCGGCGGGUCCCGGCCAUGCUGAAGCUGGACAGCUACUGCGGAGCUGAGGGGCCGCCCAGCCCGCACUGGACUAGGGGCGGGCUAAGCCCCUGCUUCUUCUUUACCGCGGCGCCCGCGGCACUCCUGGGACUUGGGGCCCUAGCCCUGGGGCUGCGGCUCUGCGCGCCGAGGGCCGGGGCCCAGCCGACUCCGGGCCCGACCCCAGCCGCGCGGGGCUUCCUGCCUGGGCUUCAGCUGUUGCUGGGUGGACUGCAGCCUCUGCUACCCCUGGCGGCUCUAACUGCCCGGGCCGCGACCGCCGCCAGCGCCUCUCUCCCUGGCUAUGUGCUGCUCGGAGGUCUACUUGGGGCUGGAGCCGGGGCCUGUGCGCUGGCGCUGCAGCUGCUGGACCGGCGGCGGUCCGUGGCCCGGGCUGGACACAGUGCCGGCCUUCUGCUCCUAUGGGCCGUGGCGUUGGCUGUCGAGAAUCUGGCCUUGGUGUCCUGGAACAGCCCGCUGUGGUGGUGGUCCCGGCAAAGCCUGGAGCAGCAGGUGCAGUUCGGUCUGUGGGCACUUCGAUACCUGGUCUUUGCCGGGCUCCUGCUCUUGGGGCUCUGGGCCCCUGGGCUUCGGCGACAGCCCUAUAGCUUACAGGUCAAUGGAGAUGACCGCGAUGUGGAGAGCAGCCAGCCUUUGCCACCUACAGCCUCUUCUAGUCGCCCUUCGACAUGGAGGGAUCUUGGUCGGAAGUUACAACUAUUGAGUGGCUACCUGUGGCCCAAAGGGAGUCCAGCUCUGCAACUGGUUGUGCUUGUUUGUCUGGCACUCAUGGGCCUGGAACGUGGACUUAACGUGCUAGUCCCAAUCUGUUACAGGGACAUUGUGAAUGAGUUGACUGCAAGAGCCCCUUGGAGGUCUCUGGCCUGGACUGUCUGCACUUAUGUCCUGCUCAAAUUCUUACAAGGGGGAGGCACCGGCAGUACUGGAUUUGUGAGCAAUCUCCGGACGUUCUUAUGGAUCCGGGUUCAACAGUUCACAGCACGUCAAGUAGAGUUGCGUCUCUUCACCCAUUUGCAUGGGCUGGCCCUACGUUGGCACCUGGGACGACGGACAGGAGAAGUGCUCCGAAUUGUUGACCGAGGCACAGCUAGUGUCACUGGGCUGCUCAGCUACCUCAUCUUUAAUAUCUUGCCAACCCUGGCUGACAUCAUCAUUGGUAUCAUCUACUUCAGCAUGUUCUUCAAUGCUUGGUUUGGCCUCAUUGUCUUCAUCUGCAUGACACUCUACCUCACCUUGACGAUUUUAGUUACUGAGUGGAGAACCAAGUUUCGCCGAGAUAUGAACACACAGGAGAAUGCAACCCGAGCUCGAGCAGUGGACUCUCUGCUCAACUUCGAGACGGUGAAAUAUUAUAAUGCAGAAAGCUAUGAGAUAGAGCGAUACAGAGAAGCCAUCAUCAAGUACCAGAGUCUGGAAUGGAAGUCAAGUGCAUCACUGGUUUUGCUAAACCAGACCCAGAAUCUAGUUAUUGGUCUUGGACUCCUAGCCGGCUCUCUCCUUUGUGCCUACUUUGUUAGUGAGCAACAGCUCCAGGUCGGGGACUUCGUGCUCUUUGGCACCUAUAUCAUACAGCUCUACAUGCCUCUCAACUGGUUUGGCACCUAUUACAGGAUGAUUCAGACCAAUUUUAUUGACAUGGAGAACAUGUUUGACUUGCUAAAGGAAGAGGCUGAAGUGAAAGAUAUCCCAGGGGCUGGACCCUUACAAUUUAAGAAAGGAUUCAUUGAGUUUGAAAACGUGCAUUUCAGCUACACAGACGGGCGGGAGACCUUGCAGGAUAUCUCCUUUGCUGUGAUGCCUGGACAGACACUGGCCUUAGUGGGGCCCUCUGGGGCAGGGAAAAGCACUGUCCUGCGCCUGCUCUUCCGCUUCUACAACCUCAGCUCGGGGUGUAUCCGCAUAGAUGGCCAGGACAUCUCACAGGUGACCCAGUCUUCCCUCCGUUCCCACAUUGGAGUCGUGCCCCAGGAUACAGUCCUUUUCAACGACACCAUUGCUAACAACAUUCGAUAUGGUCGAGUCAUGGCUUCAGACUCCGAGGUGGAAACCGCUGCACGGGCUGCUGGGAUCCACGAGGCCAUCCUAGGCUUCCCUGAAGGCUAUGAGACCCAGGUGGGUGAACGAGGGCUGAAGCUGAGUGGAGGAGAGAAGCAGCGUGUGGCCAUUGCCCGAACCAUCCUCAAGGCUCCUGACAUCAUUCUUCUGGAUGAGGCAACCUCAGCACUGGACACUUCAACGGAGAGGGCCAUCCAGGCUUCCCUGGCCAAAGUCUGUGCCCUCCGUACUACCAUUGUGGUGGCUCAUAGGUUAUCUACCGUGGUCAAUGCUGACCAGAUUCUUGUGCUCAAAGAUGGUUGCAUUGUAGAAAGAGGAAGGCAUGAGGCACUGCUGGCCCGGGGAGGGGUAUAUGCUGACAUGUGGCACCUGCAGCAAAAAGGACAGGAUGAAGAGGUCUCUGAAGGCACAAGAAGCCAGACACCAAAAGGGGACCCUGAGCCCCCAGGUCCAUGACAGAGGUUGGGGGAAGUGUCCUUUUCAGUGCAGUCUCCUAUGAGCCAAACAACCAUGUGAUCUACUCAUCCUACUUUACUUGAGGUACAGUUGUAAGGAAGGUAACCUCAGAAAUGGGACCUCAGAAAUAAAAUAUGGUGUGAAACCUGAGCUCCAUUCAGUAUUUA